AUGGCUUCCUUUCUUUCUAAAUUAUGCUCUGUUACUGAUUUUACUAGCAAAGCUUCCAUUGAUGCUAUACUUGCUGAAAUUAAUGCUGAUAAUUCUUCAAUACUCUCUGUGUCGAUGAAGGAAUUGUCAAAAGAAGUAGUAGUGGUUGAAGAAGCAUCUGAAUCAGAAUUAAUGUUAAAAGAAGUUAGGAGUGAUGAUGAAGGUUAUGAAAUGUAUAAAGACUAUGCAUUUAGGAAGGGUUUCAAUAUUUGUAAGGGAUUAAUUAGGACUAGUCGUAGAACUGAUUUGUGGAGUAUGCGUAGAUUUGUUUGCUCCAAUGCUGGUUUUAAAGAUGUUAAGAAGGAAAUAUUGAGGAAGUAUGAGAGAUACUUGCUUAGGUCUCAAAGAGACAUUACAGAGGAGCAACUCAAGUAUCUUAGUAAAAAGGUUGGAGGAUCUCCUAGUCUAGGGUUUAUUACUGCUAAUACAUACAACGCUUUGGCUGCUGAAAAGGCUAUGAAACUUGAUGGUAAAGAUUGUAAUCAGUUAAUUAAGUACUUUGCUCAAAGACAAGCUUCUGAGAGUGAUUUUUAUUACGAUUUUGAGUUAGAUGAACAUGAAUGUCUUAUUAGUUUAUUUUGGAGGGAUAGAAGGAUGAAACAGGAUUAUGAGUAUUUUGGUGAUUUAUUGGUGUUUGAUACGACAUACCGGACAAACCGGUAUGAUAUGAUUUGUGCACCAGUUGUUAGAAUGAAUCAUCACUGCAACAAUGUUGUUUUUGGUUUGGGGUUCAUGGUUAAUGAGAGUAUUGCUUCCUUUAUUUGGUUGUUUGAGUCUUUCUUGCGAUCAAUGGGUGGCGGAAUACCCAAAACUAUAAUGACAGAUCAAGCUCAUGCCAUCGUUGCUGCUAUUAGGGAUGUGUUCCCCGGGUCUAGGCAUCGUUUGUGCAUGUGGCAUCUUGGAGAGAAUUUAAAGAAGAAUAUUGCUACCUGUUAG